AUGUGUGACCUGCCGACGUUUGAAAGAGCCGUUCAUCUUGAGAUGGUCUGCUCCCUCAACACAGACGCCUGUAUCCAUGCCAUAAGGAGAUUCGCAUGCAGACGAGGCCAGGCAAAGUUGGGCGUGAUGAAACCUUGUACCUUGGGGAAGCCAGUAGCAGCUGGCAGAAACCUGACUCAGCAGAACAUAGUGCCCAGUCUGCCUGUCCCACCUCUGAAGCAGACCUGUGAGCUCUACCUCAGCUUCCUGGAGCCCAUCGUGGAGGCGGAGGAGCUGAAGCAAACAGAGAUUUUGGUGGAAGAGUUUCUGAAAGCAGGGGGGGUCGGAGAGAGACUGCAGAGAGGCCUGGAGAGGAAAGCAAGCAACACUGAGAACUGGUUAACAGAUGACUAUGUGAAGUUUGAGUAUCUGGACAGACGGAAGCCUGUGGUGGUUUAUUCAAACCACGGGAUGGUCCUUCCCCACAUGAACUUCAGGAAUAAACAGGAACAAAUAAGGUUUGCUGCUGAAGUAACAUCAGGUUGUCUGAAUGUAAAGACAAUGGUUGACAAUGACACAUUACCAGUGGAGUACAUGGGAGGGAAGCCACUGUGUAUGAAGCAGUACGACCGGGUGUUGUCAUCCUGCCGUAUCCCCGGUCCAAAGACGGACACUCUGGUGUUCCACGCCAAGACCUCCAACGCCCCCAAACACAUCAGUGUGGUACACAACUGCCAGUUUUUUGUGCUGGACGUGUACAAUAGUGAUGGGACUCUGCUAACAGUGGAUCAGCUCUAUGUUCAGCUGGAGAGGAUCUGUAAGGCCUCACCACAGACCACCACAGAGCCUGUCGGCAUUCUCACCACCCAGAACCGAGACGUCUGGAGCAGAACCUACAGCAGCCUCAUCCAGGAUGAGACCAACAAAGAAUCACUGUCAGCUAUCGAGAGGAGCAUCUUUACUGUGUGUUUGGACAGAGCAACCCCCCAAGAGCCUGAUGAGAUGCGUCACAGUGCUAUUCUGCAGAUACUGCAUGGAGGAGGCAGCCAGUGUAACAGUGGAAACCGAUGGUUUGAUAAGGGGUUGCAGUUCGUUAUUGGAGAAGAUGGGACGUGUGGUGCGAACGGCUCACACUCUGCUGCUGAUGGUACAGCCUGUAUGGGGUUAGCUGACCAUACUGUAGCAUUCAUGAUGAAGCCAAAGAUGACUCAGUCUCGCACGGAGCCUCUGCCCCUGCCCAAGAAACUACAAUUCAAAAUCACGCCUGAGAUCAAAAAGGACAUUGAGGAGGCCAAGCAGCACAUUGACAGAAUGGCCCGAGACCUGAAUCUGAGGGUUACAGUGUUUGAGCACUUUGGGAAAAAUUACUUGAAGGCCCACAAGAUGAGCCCAGAUGCUUUUGUACAGAUGGCUUUACAGCUGGCCUACUACAGGAUGUACCAGCAGUGCUGUUCGACGUUUGAACCCGCUUCCCUGCGUAUGUUCAAACUGGGCCGUGUAGCUGGGAUCCAUUCAACCUCGAAAGCAUCCGCCACCUUUGUCAAGGCCUUUGAUGACCCCAACAUAAAGAACUCAGUGAAGGUGGAUUUAUUGGACAAAGCUAUAAAAGCUCACAAGUGGUACACUCACAUGGCAGUCAAUGGUCAGGCAAUAGAAGGACACCUAUUGGGUUUGAGGAUGCAGACUGGGGAGGAAAACAUCUCCAUGCCUGAACUCUUCACAGACAGCUCCUUCACCAAAGCCUUUAACUAUCAAAUCUCUACAAGUCAGGUAAUAUCAAAGUCCAGCAGUCUACCAUGUGUUGGCCCUGAAACCCCCGACAUAUACGAUGUGUGCUACAGUGUUCUGAGCGAUCGCAUCAGCUUAAUAGUGUCCCGCUUUGAACCUCCCAACACCUGCAAAGUAAAAAAUGCAGAAUGUCUCAUAGAAGCCAUGGUGGAUGCACUGUUGGACAUGAGGACAAUGCUGGAACUCCAAGAGGCAGUCUGACACUAAAACAGACUUAAAGCACUAGUUUGACAAAUUUCAUUAUUCAUCUUCUUGCCAAGUGACAUCUGAAAAGAUCUAUACCAUUCUCAUGUAUGUCACUUAAAUGUAAAGCUACAUCCAGCAGCAUGUUAGCUGAGGAGAGGAGUUUACUGUUUUAUCUAACACACAAUUAAACCUAAAAUCAUAAUUGAUCUGUUUCCGCCUGUUUCCAUCUGUCAUGGUAAACUAAACUAAACUGGAUUUAGUCUUAGAUUUAUCAGAUGGAUAUGAGAAAUGGUAUCAAUCAUCUCAACUACUGUCAUCAAGAAAGAAUCUACUGUAAGUGUUAAUGUGCCAAACAAAGUUUUUUAGUUCUCUUCCAACCAUAUACAGCUAUGACCAUCACAGUUUUUGUACAUACUCAACUUGCUGCUUCUUUUUACUCUCUUAACCUCCUUCAUAGCAUUUUAAUUUAUGUGAAAUAAGAAACAUUUGUUGUGUCAGUAUGUGUUCAUAUUCAUGUUGUGUAGCUCAGGUUGUGCUCAGAGAGAGAGUCACAGGAGUAACAACGUCAAAACCAAAAUAUGUAAGGGCGCCUCGGUGGCUCACCUGAUAGAGCGCUUUCCAUUAGGACUCAGUCUUUACCAGCGCCCAAACCCGACCCUCAACCCUUUGCUGCAUGUCAUCCCCUCUCUCACUCACCCCCAACCUUCCUGUCUGUCUCUCACUAAUAAAGGCAUAAAAAGCCCCAAAAAAUAACUUUAAAAAAAAAAGAAGAGAAAAUUCAAAUGUGAGUUGUCGUUGUGAUAAAGGGUUAACAUUUCGAGUGCUAACUGAACUAAUAACUGGAUGUUGUUAUAAUAAAUAUGAGUUAUGUAAAUGACAAAAAUACCACCGUAUGGAGAAAACAUGAUUAGACACAGGUAAAUGAUAUUGACUAUAAUUUAUUUAAAUUUUGUAAGGAAAAAACUGUACACAAGAUAUGAAAAAUAUAAUAAAAACAUAUCAUUACAUCUGAGCCCUUUCUUGUGUCCAAGAUACUUAAAGGUCCUGUAAAUGAAACUUAAAACAGUAAUACAGCAGCAAACUACUUUCUAUUUAAAGAUAUACAGGAGUAAUGGCGUCCUGAGCAAAGAAUGAAGCCACACCCCCUCUGUGUGUGAUGUAAUUUGAGCUUCUCUGUUGGUCUCAGAUGCUGGUGGUCUGGU